UAAUAUAAAGUUCAAUGUUUCAUUUCAAUAUCUGUCCGUGCAAUUGUCUUCAAGGCUCAUAAACCCUAGUUUUUUUCCCACACCGCCAAAUUUUUGAUUUUUGUGAAUUUGGGGUUUCGAACUCGAACACUCAUCGAUCUUUACCAGGACUCGCGCGUCUACUCUUUCGUCUUCUCCCUAAGUUUGGAGAAGCUUUGAGAUUGCUUCAAACUGUGGCUUUUCUUACUUCUCUUCCACUCAUUUACUUGGUUCGGUAAUUAGCUUUGCCCUUGUUGUCAUGUAUUCUAUGAUUCUCCAUGGAAGAAGAUUGGUACAGUUGCAGAAAUGGCCUAAUUUUAGUGUUUCAGUUCAAAAGGCAACACCUUUCUCCAAUUCCUUCUCUUCUUCUGCUACUGCUGCUGCUAAUGUUGUGAGUCUUCAAGAUGAUCGAAAAGGUAAGAACUUUACAGUCUCUUACCUCGUUGGUUCAUUGGGUUUAACUACAAAGCUCGCUGAAUCAAUCUCAAGCAAAGUCUGUUUCGAGGAUAAGGUCAAUCCUGAUUCUGUGCUGAGUCUUUUGAGGAGUUAUGGGUUCACUAAGUCUCAGAUCUCAAACAUCAUUACGGUUUACCCACGAUUGCUUAUAUUAGAUGCUGAGAAGUCCGUUGCUCCCAAGCUUCAGUCUUUGCAGUCUAGAGGAGCUUCAAGCUCUGAGCUCACUGAGAUUGUUUCUAAAGUUCCUAAGAUCUUAGGGAAGAGAGGGCACAAAGCUAUAAGUGUGUACUAUGAUUUCGUGAAAGACGUCAUUGAAGCUGAUAAGAGUUCCAAUUAUGAAAAGUUAUGUCAUUCUUUUCCUCAGGGUAACAAGGAGAACAAGAUUAGAAAUAUUUCGGUUUUGAGAGAAUUGGGUGUGGCUCAGAGGUUUUUAUUCCCAUUGCUCAUCUCUGAUAGCCAACCUGUAUGUGGUAAAGAAAGAUUUGAAGAAUCCCUCAAGAAGGUUAUUGAGAUGGGGUUUGAUCCGGAGACAUCAAAGUUUGUUGAAGCUCUGCGUGUUAUUUACAGAAUGAGCGAUAAGACUAUAGAGGAAAAAGUGAAUGUUUACAAAAGGUUAGGCUUUGGUGUGGCUGAUGUAUGGACGAUCUUCAAGAAGUGGCCUUCUUUUUUGUCAUACUCAGAGAAGAAGAUAACUCAUACGUUUGAAACACUUAAGGGGUGUGGUCUUCUCAAACAUGAGGUUCUGUCAUUGUUGAAGAAGCAUCCAAAAUGCAUUUGUUCUUCAGAGCAGAAGAUUGUGAACUCCAUUGAAACAUUUUUAAGCCUAGGAUUCACCAAAGACGAGUUUGUUAUGAUGGUCAAGCGAUAUCCUCAGUGCAUUGACUAUACUCCAGAGACGGUGAAGAAGAAAACUGAGUUUAUUGUGAAGAAGAUGAAUUGGCCACUAGAGGCUUUGGUUAUGAUCCCUCAGGUUUAUGGAUACAGCCUGGAGAAGAGGACUGUCCCAAGGUGUAAUGUUAUCAAAACUCUCAUGUCAAAAGGACUAAUGAAAUACGGAAGUGAAGCACCUCCAAUGUCAUCUGUUUUGACAAGUACCGAUCAGGUGUUUAUAAAGAGGUAUGUGAUGAAGCAUGACAAGCUGGGGCCUGAGUUGAUGGAUAUCUUCACUGGGGAAAAUGGUAAAAAGUCAGAAGUCCUACGGCCAAUCCUACAAUGAGCAGUAAUAAGAACCGAUCUCAAGAAAAGUUAGCUUCGAGGGCAAGGUCAAUCCUGAUUCCAAUCUGAAGCUUUUUACAAGCCAUGGGUUCACAGAAUCUCAAAUCUCCAACAUCAUUAGGGCUUACCCACGAUUGCUUAUACUAGAUGCUGAGAAAUCACUUGCUCCCUAGCUUAAGUUUUUGCAGUCCAGAGGAGCUUCGAGCUCUGAGCUCACUGAGGUUGUUUCGUCAGUUCCUGAAAUCUUGGGAAAGAAAGCGGGUAAAAGUAUAAGCAGAUACUAUGAUUUCAUCAAAGAGGUUCUUGAAGCUGAUAAGAGUUCCAAGUUGUGUCAUUCUUUGCCACAGGGUAGUAAGCAGGAAUAAAAUCAGAAAUCUUUUGGUCUUUGAGAGACUUGGGUGUGCCUCAGAGGUUGUUAUUCCCUUUGCUCAUCUCUGAUAGGCAACAUGUAUCUGGAAAAGAAAGAUUUGAAGAAUCUCUCAAGAAGGUCGUUGAAAUAGGUUUUAAUCCAACCACCUCAAAGUUUAUUGAUGCCCUCUGUGUUAUUCAAGGAUUAUGCGACAAAACAAUAGUAGAAAAGGUCAAUGUGUAUAAAAGGUUAGGCUUUUCUGUGGGAGAUAUAUGGGCAAUGUUCAAGAAGUUACAAUGUUUCUAGGAGUUUCGGAGAAGAAAAUAUUGAACUGCGUAGAAACAUUUCUAGGUCUAGGAUUCAGCCGAGAUGAGUUCAGGACAAUGGUCAAAUGCCAUCCUGCAUGCUUUGGAUAUUCUGCAGAGUUGGUGAAGAAGAAAACUGAGUUUGUGGUUAAGAAGAUGAAUUGGCCGCUCUGUGCCUUUUGUUCCCACAGGUAUUUUCAUACAGCAUGGAGAAGAGGAUUGUACGUGUAAAGUAAUCAAAACUCUCAUUUCCAAAGGAUUGCUUGGAGGAGACAAAGGAAGUGAACUCCCCUUCAAAGCAGUCUGUUUUGGUAUGCAACGAUCAGAAUUUUUUUAAAAAGGUAUGUGAGGAAGCUCGGUGACAAGGAGCUUGUGGCUGAGUUGAUGGCUAUCUUUGCUGAAAGCACACACCACUCAUGAUAACGUUAAGGAGUGUAGUUUGGAUAAUCACUUCUGAUAUCAGUUUAUGCUUACAUUGUCAUUCAAAUUCUUCCUUUUUUUUUUUGUUUCUUUGAGGGGAGAGUUUAUUUGCUGCAGAUAUUGGUUGGAAUAAUUGCAAUGCAGCUCCCUGUAUUCUUGGGUUGGUCAUAAAAAGGCAUUUUUUUGUUCCUGAAUUAGUGUUUAAUAUUGCUGAGAGGCUAGUAAU